CGAAGUUGCUUUUCUUUGUUGAUGUCUCACACACACACACACACACACACACACACACACACAUAGCUAAUCUCUCUGGUGCAGAGUUUUUGAGCAUUAGAUUCAUCCUACAGUUCACAAUCAUCAACCAGCUAAGGAAACCUUGCCUCACUCAGUGCACCGUUGGAUGAAUCUAACGAUCAGAAACUGAAACCCAAAACCCCUUUCACGAUUGUGGCGCCCUAUAAGUAUAAACCCAAACCCAAAACCCCUUUCUUUCUACAUCAACAUCUACAUCUACAUCUACAUCUACAUCUACAUCUCUCUCGCAGCAACACUGCUUCUCUGGACUCAAAGCUCAAACUCGUUCUCAUCUGCAAUCUCAUUUCACUUCAGUACCUAGCUUAAGGGACACAAAGCUGGAUUUAGUGAGUCUUCUUUUUCACAUGUUAUAUGUAACAAGGAAUGCAAUCCCCAAACUUCCUCGCAUUCUUAUGCCGUCCUCUUCCUUCCUUCCAUAUGCUCAACAGACCAGCCACCGUCUUCAUUCAAACUCCUCAUUGCCACCGCAAAAUUCCUACUAUUGAUGAUGCUGUGGCUUUGUUUCGUCGCAUGCUCCAUAUGCAUCCCCCACCAUCGGUUGUGGAAUUCACCAAAAUCCUAGGAGCAAUUGUAAAUAUGAAAGACUAUGCCAUACCUAUCUAUCUUUAUACUCAAAUGGAAUCUAGGGGCAUCCUGCCAUAUACAGUUACUUUAAACAUCUUGAUGAAUUGUUACUGCCAUCUGGGUCAGCUGGGUUUUGCUUUCUCUGUACUGGGUAAGAUUCUUAAGUUGGGUUACCAACCAAGUGUUGUAUCUUUGACUACACUAAUGAAGGGCUUGUGCAUUACUGGUAAGGUGUUGGAUGCAUGUACAAUUCAUGACAAUAUAGUCUCAAAAGGGUUCCACUCAGAUGAAGUUAUGUAUGGAACCUUAAUGAGUGGUCUGUGUAAGAGUAAAGGAUCAGGAAAUGCCAUUGAAACACUUCAAGAAUUGGAGGCCUUACAAUUGGUUAAGCCGAAUUUUGUAAUCUACAAUACAGUCAUUCAUGGUUUGUGCAAAGAUGGACUUGUAAACAAGGCACAGAAAUUGUGUUCUGAAAUGAUUCAACGGGGAAUUUUCCCUGAUGUUGUCACUUUUAGUUCGUUAAUUUAUGGCUUCUGUCAUGCAGGUCAGUGGAAAGAUGUCAGGUUAUUGCUAAAUGAGAAGAGUCUAGAUGUUUGUUCCUUCAACAUAAUAAUGGAUGCAUUAUGCAAACAAGGGCUGCUCUUAGAAGCCCAUGCUGUUUGUUAUGAGAUGAUUAAAAGAGGUGUUCAGCCUGAUGUUAUUUCUUACACUAUUUUAAUGGAUGGCUAUUGUUUAAAAAGUAAAGUGGACGAGGCAAGAAAAUUAUUUGAUAUGAUGAUUGAAGCGGGUUUGGUGCCUGAUGUUUGGAGUUAUAACAUCCUGAUUCAAGGCUACUGCAAGAUUGAAAGAGUCGAUGAAGCUAUGAAUCUAUGUGAAGAUAUGCUCACUAAGAAUUUAGUUCCAAACACUGUCACCUACAAAUAUCUGUUUGAUGGCUUGUGCAGAUUUGGGAGACUCCCUGAUGCAUGGAACUUUCUUACUCGAAUGCAUUAUCGUGGCCAUCGACCCCCUGAUCUUACCCCUUACAAUAUCAUAUUAGAAACUUUAUGCGAACAGCAUCUGGAUAAGGCAAACAAAAUUUUUAAUUCCCUCAUCCCUGAACCUAAUGUUCAGAGUUACAACAUCUUGAUUAGUGGUUAUUGCAAGAAUGGAAGAGUAGAUGAAGCUAUGAGUAUUUAUCAAAAUAUGUGUUUGAGGAAUAUAGUUCGAGAUAGUGAAACCUUCAAGUUGUUGAUAAAUGCUUUCUGCAAACGGAAGCAAUGUGACAAGGCAAUUGCAUUAUAUAAAAAUAAUCGUGACUUGUGCCCAUUCAAAAUACUUAUGGAUGGCUUGCGCAAAAAUGGAAUGGAGGAGGUAGCACAGAGGGUUUCCCAGCUUUAUGGAGCCUGUGAUCCAGAUGUGGCAUUAGUUCGGAAUCAAUUAGCUCUCUAAAGAUGAUUUGGCAGAAUCCAGAAUGACCUUGCGUUGCUCUGUGAAGAUAAUUUCACCAUUUUCUCGUCCUCCCUGUUUUCUCCCACCGUGUCCCUCCAUCCAAUUUGAAGUUCAGGAGGUAAAUAAUACCGUGGGGCCAACAGCUCAAAGAGGAGUUGCUCUGUUAUUUUCUGCUCCUGCGCUUGCAUUUUCAAGGUGGUGUCAAAGGAAACCACAAGAACUUCCCCUGAUGUGCUGGUGAUAAGGGUCUUAAGAGGUUCAACCUGAUGUUAUUUCACUAUUUUAAUGAAUGGAUAUUGUUUAAAAAGUAAAGUGGAUGAGGCAAGAAAAUUAUUUUUAAGGGAAACUGGAAUGCCAAAGGCUGCACAGUUGCUGGGUCAUCUCCAUUUUUUCCUCCUCCCCCUUUUUUCCCUCAUCACUUCCCUCCAUCCAAUCUGAACUCCAGGUGUACAGUCCUCUGCUAGAAAGUUGUUGAUUUUCUUGCUGAGUUUUGAAGGCUAAAUUCUUUAUUGACCCAUUUGGAAUACGAAAGUAAAGUCAUGGGUCAGUUAUAUCAUUGGUUCAGGAUCUGCUUUUCCUACGUGGUGUACAUUAUUUUAUAUGUAUACAAUUUAAUAUCUAAUGGUAGGAGGUAAAUAAUACAACUGCGCCAACUACUCAAAGAGGAGCUUCUCUAUUAUUUGCUUCGCAUGUACUUGCAUUUUCAAGGUGGCGUCGUCAAAGGAAACCACAGGAAUUUUCCUCUGAUGUGCUGGUGAUAAGGAUCCUGAAGUAACAUCCUGGUGAAGCUUAAGAGGUUCUUGCCAUGAGAACUGCAAGUUUCAACAGAUACCUUAAGCAAUAAGAAUAUUCUUGGAAAGGGAGGGUACAAAAGGUGCUUUGCAGAAGGUUCAUUGGUACUAUAAUGGAAAUGUUGCCCCAUGCU